GCAUCCAGCUCCGCCCCCCGUCUUUCAGAGACAGCGCAGCUUUCUAUGCAAGGAGGCUAACCCCGACGAAAGAUGACGUUGUUUUUUACAGCUGCACAAUAGUUACAUGUGCUCCCCACUGCGAGGACAGUGGAAUGUGUGAUGUGUGGCUCCCAGAACAUUCAAAGCCACCCAGGCCAGCACACAGUACUCUGUACACAGGCCAUCCUCAGGAGAGGUUAUUGGCUGUAAAGCAGUCAACUGCAGGGGAUUAGAGGCAAAUCAAUAAUGCUACACUGAGAGAGGACUGAAGAGGGGCCGAGCGAGGGAUUGAUGGCAGACGGAGGAGAGGAAAAGAGAUGACGGGUGGCUGGAUGAGUGGAUGGACACGAACCUGCCGAUAGAGGAGGAAAAAAACGGAGGGAGAUGGGCGAGAGAUGGAUUGGUCAGUGGUGCUGAGUGAGGGGCCGUGUAAGAGGGGCCUGUAAAGCUGAAGCACCGUGGUCAGUCACACUAAGAAGGGGGCCUGCCCGCGCGUUUGGCUCCUACCAUGGGUCUCAUUGCCUACCUGAAGACCCAGUUCAUCCUGCAGCUGCUGAUCAGCUUCGUGUUUGUGGUGAGCGGCCUCAUCAUCAACUUCAUCCAGCUGUGCACCUGCAUCCUCUGGCCCUUCAACAAACAGCUGUACCGCAGGAUCAACUGCCGGCUGGCCUACUCUCUCUGGAGCCAGCUGGUGAUGCUGUUGGAAUGGUGGUCGUGUACAGAAUGCACGCUCUACACUGACCAGGCCACGGUGGACAAAUUUGGCACGGAGCAUGUCAUCAUCAUUCUCAACCACAACUACGAGAUCGACUUCCUGUGCGGGUGGACCAUGUGUGAACGCUUCGGGGUGCUGGGGAGCUCCAAGGUCCUGGCAAAACAUGAGCUGCUGAAAGUGCCCCUGAUUGGCUGGACCUGGUACUUCCUGGAGAUCGUCUUCUGCAAGAGGAAGUGGGAGGUAGACAGAGAAACGGUCUUCAGAGGCCUGGAGAGACUGCGAGAUUACCCAGAGUACAUGUGGUUCCUGCUGUACUGUGAAGGCACACGCUUCACAGAGAAGAAGCACCAAAUCAGCAUGCAGGUGGCAGAGAGCAAAGGCCUGCCUAAACUGAAGUACCACCUGCUGCCCCGCACCAAGGGCUUCACCACCACACUGCACUGCCUCAAAGGAACAGUGACUGCGGUGUAUGACGUCACGCUGAACUUCAAAGACCAGAAGAACCCAACACUGCUGGGAAUCAUUAACGGGGAGAAGUACAAGGCAGACAUGUGUGUCAGGAGGUUCCCUGUGGAGGACAUCCCAGAUGAUGAGACAGAGUGUGCAAACUGGCUCCACAAGCUCUACCAGGAAAAGGACGCACUGCAGGAGCAAUACAAGAAGGAGGGCUCCUACCCCGGCCCCACGAUCUUGCCCCCCCGCCGGCCGUGGACGCUGCUCAACUUCCUCUUCUGGGCCACCCUCCUGCUCUCCCCCCUCAUCAGUUUCGCCUGGGACGUCGCCGUCAGCGGCUCCCCGCUGCUCAUUAUAGGCUUCGUCCUUUUCAUCAUCAUAGCCUCCGUAGCGGUGCGGCGGCUGAUUGGUGUUACUGAGGUCAACAAGACGGGCUCCAGCUACGGCAACCAGGAGGCCAAGAAGCAGAACUAGAGGUGUCUGCGCGUUGCCGUCUCGGUCACCGUGUGGUCACAGUACGGUCACCGUGCGGUCACUGUGCGGUCACCGUGUGGUCACAGGCCCUUUUUUACUCUCUCAGAGGGCAAGGAAGCACGCUGAUACGGAAAACAAUGAUCAUUCUUAAGGAAAUUAAAGGUAUUAAUUGGGGUGACGUCAACGACAAAAUAAAAAAGAAUAAAAAAAAAAAAAAGAAGGA